UCAUUUAUAAUGGUACGAUGAGGAGAUGAGGAUAUUUUAACAUGAAAUUAAACUGAAGACGGACAUCCUUGUACAAGUGCAUAAGGCGUUUUCCAUAUUAAGAAAUUUUGUAGUCUUUUAAUGUUAACAUAUUAAAAACGUAGUACCAGCUUGAGCUCAUUUGACAUUUUGCAGCCAACCGCCAUACAAAAGUUCGUUAAUAAGUUAGUGCAAUAAUAUAUUUAAUAAAUGUUAAAACUGUGGAGGUAAUUUGAUUGAUAAACCAUAAACAUGAAUAAAAACACCGUAUCCAAGCAUUUAACGUCAGUGCCCGUUGUCAAAAACACACAGAAACCUGAAAUAGUCAAACAAACUUUUAACAAAGAGAAUGUUGAACAGAACAUACGUAAACCACAAACACUAAAUAAUGAAGAAUCCCGAAAUCCUACGACAACUGUACCUGGCCCUUCUGUAGAUAAGAAACCAGCUGACUCUACAAAGAAAGUAUGGCAAUUAUCUGAUUUUGAUAUAGGAAAAGCCCUGGGGCGAGGAAAAUUUGGAAACGUAUAUAUGGCACGUGACAAAGCAUCUAAAUUUAUUAUAGCCUUAAAAGUUUUAUUCAAAGAUCAAAUAGCAUCGUCUCAAGUAGAACACCAAGUUAGACGAGAGAUAGAAAUCCAGUGCCAUUUAAAGCAUGAGAAUAUCUUGAGAAUGUAUGGAUAUUUUCAUGAUGAUAAGAGAGUUUAUUUGAUUUUAGAAUAUGCCCCUGGUGGAGCUCUGUAUAAAGUAAUGCAAGAGCAACCAAAUAAGCGAUUUGAGGAGGCGCAAGCUGCUAUAUAUAUUCGUGAUUUGGCAUCUGCACUCCUAUAUUUACAUGAUAGAGGUGUUAUACACAGAGAUAUAAAGCCAGAAAAUCUAUUAUUGGGUAACAAAGGACAAUUGAAAAUAGCUGAUUUUGGUUGGUCAGUCCAUGCACCAAGUUCUCGAAGAACCACUGUUUGUGGAACAUUAGACUAUCUCCCUCCAGAGAUGGUACAAGGAAAAUCUCAUACAAAACUAGUAGAUCUAUGGUCACUGGGAGUUCUAUGUUACGAGUUGCUGGUAGGAAAGCCUCCUUUUGAAACCGAAAGUUACGACCAAACUUAUAUUAAAAUUUGCAAGGCUCAAUAUACCACACCAAACCAUGUAUCAAUGGCUGCAUCUCAUUUAAUUAAAUGUCUUUUGAAUGUAGAGCCAGAAAAACGCAUACCUCUAAAAGAGGUUUUAAAACAUCCUUGGGUCAAUGGUUCAAUGCAACCAAAGAUAAAUAAUUAAAAGAAUAUUUCUUCACUUUAUACCCACAAAUAUUUUAUAUUAAUAA